AUGCCUCAACAGGAGCGUGUCCCCUCGGCCUGGGAGCAUGUCGCCCCUGCAAGCGACGAGCCCAGGAUCCAGCUGAAAAGCACCGGCCAAGGCCUGCCCUGCUUCACCUUUACCUUUGAGCUUAUCCGCUCCAACGUCUUCAGGACCACCUUCACGUCCGACUCGCAUCCCCUCCCCCCGCACCCCAGCAUCCUGAUCCCCCCCGCCACCCAGCAAGGGUUGCGGGCAGAGACCCAGGCGGGCAGCAGUGGCUCCAGCAAGCUGAUGCGCAUCGGAGACAUUGUCGCCACCGUGGACUGGGGCGCGUCGUCGUCGUCUUCCCCCGUCGUCUCCGUCUCCUACGCAGACCAGCAGGCGCCGCUGCACGCGGACGUGCCGCAUCGCUCGUACGUGGUCGACGGCCCGGGCGUCGCGCACUACUCGCGCUACAACCGCGGCACGCUGCACGUCGGCCUCGGGGAAAAGGCGGCGCCCAUGAACCUGUCCGGCCGGCGGUUCGAGCUGUCCGCCACGGACAGUUUCGGCUACGACGUGUACAAGACGGACCCUCUGUACAAGAACAUCCCGCUGCUCAUCAACGCCACGCCGUCCGGCUGCGUCGCGCUCUUCUCCACCAGCCACGGCCGCGGCAAGUACUCGGUCGGGGCGGAAAUGGACGGCAUGUGGGGGCACUACAAGGUCUACCGACAAGACUACGGGGGCCUGGAGGAGAUCCUCAUCGUCGGAAAGACGCUCCGGGACAUUGUCGCCACGUACGCCGAGUUUGCCGGCUUCCCGCUGCUCGUGCCCCGCUGGGCGUUCGGCUACCUCUCCGGCGGCAUGAAGUAUUCCAUGCUGGACGACCCCCCGGCGUCCGAGGCGCUGCUGGAACUGGCGCGCAAGAUGAAGGAGCACGACAUCCCGUGCUCCGCCUACCAGAUGUCCUCCGGCUACACCGUGGCGGAGCAGGAGCCCAAGACCAGGAACGUCUUCACCUGGAACAGACACAGGUUCCCGGAUCCCGAGGGCUGGAUCAGGCAGUACCACGCGCUCGGCAUGCGCCUGAUCGCCAACGUCAAACCCUACGUCCUCCGAACCCACCCCGAGUACCGGAAGCUCAAGGACGCCGGGGCCUUCUUCACCGACCCGCAGACAGGGACGGCCGCCAAGACCCGGCUCUGGAGCGCGGGCGGCGGCGAGAGCGACGAAGGAGGCCACAUCGACUUCACCUCGGCCGCCGGCUUCAAGUGGUGGUUCGACGGCGUCAAGAAGCUGCGCGAGGAGGGCAUCGACUGCAUCUGGAACGACAACAACGAGUACACCAUCACCGACGACGGCUGGCAGUGCGCCCUCGACGAGCCGUCGCUCGCGGUCCCGGAAGGCCUCGAGGGCCGUCGAGACGUCGGGCUGUGGGGGCGGAGCCUGCACACGGAGCUGCACGGCAAAGCCUCCCACGACGCCUUGGUCGCGGCCGACCCGGACCGCCGGCCGUUCGUGCUGACGAGGAGCGCCACGGCAGGCACCAUGCGAUACGCGUGCAGCUCGUGGAGCGGCGACAACGUCACCAGCUGGGCCGGCAUGAAGGGCGCCAACGCGCUCUCCCUCACGGCCGGCAUGUGCCUGAUGCAGUGCUACGGCCACGACAUUGGCGGCUUCGAGGGGCCCCAGCCCUCGCCCGAGCUGCUGCUGCGCUGGGUCCAGCUCGGCAUCUACUCGCCCCGCUUCGCCAUCAACUGCUUCAAGACGGGCGGCGGCGACAACAACGUCGGCGACGUCAUCGAGCCGUGGAUGCACCCCUCCAUCACGCACCUCGUCCGGAGGGCCAUCAAGCGCCGCUACGCCCUCAUACCCUACCUGUACUCGCUCAGCCUGGCCAGCCACCGGACGGCCGUGCCGCCCCAGCGAUGGACCGGCUGGGGCUACGAGUCCGACCCGGAGGUCUGGACCGCCGAGAUCACGGACGGCGAGCGCCAGUACUUCCUCGGCGACGCGCUCCUCGUCGGCGGCGUCUACGAGCCCGGCGUGGCCCACGCGCGCGUCUACCUGCCCAGGCGGUCCGACGCCGACGACGGAUUCGUCAACCUCAACGCCCCGCACCAGCACCUGCCGGCCGGCCAGUGGGCCACCAUCGACGCCGAGUGGCACGGGGCCGGCAUCCCCGUCCUCGCCAAGGUCGGCGCCGCCAUCCCGCUCGGCCGAGACGUCCAGGUCCUCUCGCCGGGGGAGACGGACAACGCGGCGGGCCUGCCGCUCGACGACUACCGCGCCGUCGAGAUCUUCCCCCCGCGCGGCGGCGCGGGCUCCAGGACCUGGUACGAGACGGAGUGGCUCGAGGACGACGGCGUGUCCGCGGCGGCCAAGACCAAGGUGUCCAAGUACACCGUCGGCUACGGCGUCAGGGACGCCGGCGUGGCCGUGCGGUUCUCCAGGGACGAGAGCUCCGGCUUCGUGGCGCCGUGGAAGGCCCUGGUGGUCAUUCUGCCGGUGGGGGAUGCGAGACGCGUCGUGACCGAGGGGGACGGGAGCGUCCGGGAUCUCGGGGCAGACGCGCAGGGUCGCCGGCAGUUUGAGCUGACAUGGUAG